GCUGUUUCGUUUGCUGCUGUACCUGAGGACUCUGCUGGAGUGGCUGCCCCAGGCCAAUCCCCACGUGCCUCCCUUUGCCUUUAUCUACGGCGCAACCUCCCUCUACACUCGGCUCUUCUCCGUGGCGCUGGGCAGCGUUUACUUGGGGGACUUGAGUGGACUUUGUUCUUCGAUUUGUCUCGAGGCCAUUGAGAACAAAGUUAUGAAUUACCUGCAGCAAAGCUAG